GGGCGUGGCCAAUCAGAGGGAAGGGGUGGGGGAAGUGACAUUUACUGAGUGUAGUCUGUGUACUGUUACUUCUACUGGCCUUAUAAGACUGCACGUUUUAGAUGAGAAACUGAGCCAUAAUAAAUAUUUGCUCAACUCUUCGGUUCACAAGGUGAAGUGGCUUUGGGCCAACUCGCUUGACCACUCCUGGCGGCAGCCUGAAGCCCUAGAUCCCUCCCUCUCCAUUCGAGCCAUCCCGGCCGGUGCCACAGAAGUCUUGACGAAUGGCCCAAACGCCGGGCCCCUGCUCGGAGAUACCCUGGUGCAUACCGGGAAUGGCAGGCUCGGGGAGCUUGGUACUGCGGCCCUGGAUUCGAGAGCUGGUCCUGGGGUCAGAUACACUCUCAAGUCCGCAGGCGGGGCAGCUGCUAGAGGUGCUACGAGAGGCCGAGGCUCCGGGCCCGUCCCGCGCCCCUGACUCGUCUGAUGUCGCGGCCACACUGCUUGUGUCUGAUGGGACCCACAGUGUCCGAUGCCUAGUGACGUGGGGGACCCUGGACGCCUCGGAUUGGGAGGAGAAGGAGUUCGGCUUCCGAGGGGCAGAAGGCCGGCUGCUGCUGCUGCAGGAUUGUGGGGUCCGCGUCCAAGUCGCCGAAGGCGGCGCGCCCGCGGAGUUCUACCUCCAGGUGAACCGCUUCAGCCUGCUGCCCACUGAGCAGCCCCGGGAACGGGUGAUUGGUUGCAACCAAGACCCGGAUGUGCAGAAAAAGCUCUAUGACUGUUUGGAGGAGCACCUUUCAGAGUCCAUCUCCCCCAGUGCAGGCCUUUCACUGUCCCAACUUCUGGAUGAGGUGCAGGAGGACCAGGAGCAUCGGGGGGCGUUAGUGCACCUGGCUGAGAGCUGUCUGAUGCUGGCAGGCCCUUACACAGCACCCCCUCUUACCCGCUGGGCCUCCUCCCACCAUACGACCACGGGAGAAGCUGUGUACACUGUCCCCAGCUCAUGGCUGCACAUCUCUGAGAAUGACCAGCGAGUUCUGAGCUCUCUGGGUCCAGGUCAGAGGACACAGGACCGUGAGCUGCCCCCACCAGACCCAGCUCUGGAAGACCUAUCGCUGACCCUGAUCUCUCCUUCCUCACCUACGUCCUCAGGAACCCCUGCUUUACCCAGCCACAUGUCCCAUGAGGAAAGCGGUGCCAGCAUCAGCCUUCUGCCUGCCCUGUCCUUGGCUGCUUCAGACCCAGUGCAGAAGGGCAGCUUCCGGCCUGUGCCAGCCAUCUGUUCAGCCCCUGGCCCCCUGCCCCCCAGUUCCAUACACCCUAGCCAUGGACCCAGAUCCCCACUCCUGAGCUGCACCCCAAGUCUCUCACCCCUUGGUCAUGUACCCAGUCCACGUCAGGCCAUUGUGACCAGGGCCCAAAAACCUAGCUUGGAGUUCAAGGAGCUAGGAUUGCCCCCCAAGAACCGGCAACACUCUCCAAGGACAAAAAUGAUCACAGGAGCCCUGGGGUCCAGCCCUGUUGGGGUCCCUCUCCAGAUACCACACCACCUUCAGGACCCUCCAAAGAAGCAUCGUGAUGGUUCUGCCUUCCAAUAUGAGUAUGAGCCACCCUGCACCUCCCUCUGUGCCCAGGUGCAAGCUGUCAGGCUUCCUCCCCAGCUUGUGGCCUGGGCCUUGCACCUUCUGAUGGAGCCACAGCUGGAGUCUCAGCUCACCCAGGUGUGAGGGGUCAUGUGAACAUGUGGGAAGAUGUGUGCACACAGGUCCAUGGCUGGGGAUAAACCAAAAGUACUCCCCACUCUGCUUCGAGUUUUUUAAUAAAAUAAUCUCAUGCGGCAGGAAAAGGAGAGGGUCAGGGGUUGGGGCCGCCGCCUCUUUGGUCUGUGGCUGGGGAGGGUGGCUUCUGCUCAGGACUAGAGGGCUCUGUGGGCUGUGGGGGCAGAGGUUGGGCUCCAAGGCCAGAUCCUGCAAGGGAAGGAGGAAGGGAGAGGAGGGGUCAGGACUGGACUGAGCAGUCCUGCCACCCUCCCAACUGGCCCUAGCUUCCUCUCACCUAGGCCUGGAGAUGAGGGUGCCUCAGGCUUUGGCCUCCGCUUGAGAACAGGGGAGCGCUGCAGCCGCAGGGGCCGUUCUGAAAGACACAGAAACACUUGGCAGGGGAGGAGGUUGCUAGGGGCUUACUGCCUGUCCCCAAGCGUUCUCUCCCACCUCCAGUGCGUGUGUGAACACACACUGUUGGCUUCAGAGCCGCCUCCUUCCCCUGCAUCCUCCCACCCCUGGCAAAAGCUGUUCUCCUGGAGGUGGAGCCAGGACUAGUGGGAAGGGCUUGUCAGACCCGUGCUCCUGGCCCCCUAACUUCUCAACCCCUUACACCAUUGAUGGCCUCCUCCAAGGACCAAAACCACAAAGGGAGCCAUGGAAUCUACCCUCCCCAUCUCCUCCUGCACUCAAGCACACAGGGAGGUGUUCCCCCUCACCAGCAGGGGUCUGGAGCUGGUCCUCAUGCACAGACACUGCUCGUCGCCCUGCCGAGAGAGGCCUCGGCCUCAGCUGGCCAUCUGGGGAAGGCCAGGGUAUCAGGGUAUGGUCUCAACAGCUUUCCCCACUCCAGCCCUUGCUUCCCCCUCCACCGUCAGGGUCCCCAGCCCAGUAUUGGGGUGGGGGCUAGGUGCCUGCUUACCUUCGUUCCUAGGGCCCAAGCAAGGGUCCUCUGGGAGGACCAGGCUGUCAGGGGAGGGGCUGGUUCUUCGUGGACUGGGGCUGGGACAAGGGGAGGGGGGGCCUGGACCAUCCUGUUGGCCCCAACCACGGCCCCUGAGCUCUGCAUUCAGCUGCUGUCCUAGUGUCUUCCAGGUGGUGGACUCCGGACCUUGGCUCCCUGGACCAGGUCUGCAUGAGGGGUCUACAGGGAGAAGGGUGUGAGCCUAACCAGUCGUCUGACCCCCUCCUAUCUUUGCAUGUCCCCCAACACACACAGUGGCCCUUACUCACCAGCCGACACGGAGUGGGUGCGGGACUUGAUUGAGAUGGGAGGGGCCUCUGUGGAACUGUCCAUAAUGUCACCUGCAAGGGGCUGGGGGUUCAGGCACCAGCCUUUGGGAGUGAGGG